AUGGAGCUCACCAUGGAGAACCUUCACAGCCUCUCCUCGCACUCCCAGGUGGGAGACCUCAUGAGUUCCCCGCACGCACGGCCGUCGCCGUCCCCCAGCUGCGCUCCCCGGAAUCUGGUCUCCCAUGCUCCCGGCGCGCGGUCUGCCAUGGUUUCCGGCAUGGCUUCACUCCUGGAGGGCUCCGGCGGGGACUACCGGACAGAUCCGUCCGCACUGUCUGGACACCUGCACCCGUCCAUCAGCAUGUGCGACACCGGGAUGAGCCUUAGCAACACGUACACCACGCUGACCCCGCUGCAGCAUCUACCUCCGAUAUCCACCGUGGCGGAUAAGUUUCACCACCCGCACUCACACCACCAUGCUUCCUCCCAUCAACGACUCUCCACCGGGAACGUCAGCGGCACCUUCACGCUGAUGCGGGACGACCACCGGGGGCUCGCCUCCAUGAGCAACCUUUACAGCCACUACCCCAAAGAGAUGUCCGUGGCAGGCAUGGGUCACAGCUCGCUCUCCCCGCUGUCCAGCGGGCUGGGUUCUUUGCACAACUCCCAGCAGCCGCUGUCUGCCUACGGUCCGAGCGCGCACCUCUCCUCUGACGGCAAGAUGCUCUCUCCUGUUUCGGGGUUUGAGUCCCACGCGUCCAUGCUGUCCCGAAGUGACCAAGAGCACCUGGCUAGGAGUUUAGGGGGCCACGGCCACGGUAUGAUCUCAAACCUCAACGGCAUGCACCACCACCCGCACAGUCACCUCCACUCACAGGCGAACGGCGCGGUGAUGCUUGGGGAGCGAGAAAGGCACGGGCACGGAGCCGGGCAGGCGGGAUCAGGCAUGCAGGGGGAAGAAAUCAACACAAAAGAGGUUGCUCAGCGGAUAACGGCCGAGUUAAAGCGGUACUCUAUCCCUCAGGCCAUAUUUGCCCAGAGGAUCUUGAGCCGGUCGCAGGGAACCCUCUCAGACCUGCUACGGAACCCCAAACCCUGGAGUAAGCUCAAGUCGGGCCGGGAGACCUUCAGGAGGAUGUGGAAGUGGCUGCAAGAGCCCGAGUUUCAACGGAUGUCUGCACUCCGGCUGGCCGCAUGUAAACGUAAGGAGGAGGACCGAGGACGAGAGCGCAACCAGGUGCCAAAGAAGCAGCGGCUGGUCUUCACCGACCUGCAGCGUCGCACCUUGGUAGCCAUCUUCAGAGAGAACCGCCGCCCCUCCAAGGAGAUGCAGAUCACCAUCUCCCAGCAGCUGGGCCUGGAGCUCUCCACCGUCUCCAACUUCUUCAUGAACGCACGCCGCCGCUGUACGGACCGCUGGGGCACGGAAGAGCACAGUCAUGGGAUGCACGGCCACAACCACAACAACAACAACUCCUCACCAAACCAACCUGGUACCUCCUCCGCCGCCACUUUCUCUACGGCCUGA